AUGACGACAUCAACAGCAUCUAACCCUGAUGAUAAUAAAAAGAUCAAUGGAAAAACGACAACACAAGGAAAUUCAAUCGCAUUACAAUUAUCAUCUGUUAAAAAGAGUCGUGAAAUGAAAAAUAAUCAAAUUAGAAGAGCCCGUGUUAACUCAAGAUCUUCGAAGGGCGAACUUAGACUCGCUAUUAUGAUUCGUGAAAUGCGUAAAAAGACGGCUUUAGAAGAGGAGAAAGAGGAAGUCGCUGCUGAUGAAGAGGAAAUGUCAAGUGGCAGCUUCCUUCGUCGAAUUCAACAAUCUCGACGAUUUAUUCUACACAUUUUUAAUAAACCAGCAUUUCAUUAUACAAUCAUCAUAUUAAUCAUUGUCGAUUUGAUUGACGUAUUUAUUGAUUUAGUUUUUGCACUUUUAUCAUCACCAUGUCUAGCCGAAGACGAGAUGGAACUUUACAAUACUACCAUACAACGAAGUGAAUGUUUAUUGUAUCGUUCAUCAGCAUUAAUAGGUGGCGAACAUUUCCUGUACUAUGUUUCUCUUAUUAUACUUAGCAUCUUUGUUUUGGAAAUAUCUGUUUCUUUCUAUGCUUUUGGAUGGCGUCGUUAUAUCAAGCCACUCUUUCUACUUGAUGCUUGCAUUGUAUUGGUUUCGCUCAUUUUGGAAAUCUAUUUUCAUUUCAGUAAUUUUAAUAAGUCUGGUCGAACAGCUUCUGCUUUUGUUAUUUUACGUUUAUGGAAAAUUGUUCGGGCUCUUCAUGCCGUUGCUCAUUCGAUCUCACUUCGAAAUCGAUUGAUCGUUGAAAAAAUUCAACAAGCAUUUGACAUAGUGAGAGAAGAAAAUGACGAAGCAAAUGAAGAACUAGAGAAACAACAAAUCAAAAUUGAAUAUCUUAUGGAAUCAUUACAAACAACUGGAACAAAGGUCACUCAUGAGCAACUUGAUAAAUAUGUGAAGACAAAACAUCGACAACGCAAAUAUGUGACGACUUUUUGA